UUUUCUCAUCUCAACUUGAGACAAACACAAUUAAUUUAAUCAUUAAUUAACUAAUUGUUUUCAUCUUUAAAUGUUCACAUAGAGACAUUGACAGUUAAUCACUUUAUUCAAUUAGUCAACUAUUCUAAUCAAUUAAUGUUCCAAGAAAAGAAUUAAAUUAAUUCUUCUCAGGCCUUAUUCUUAUUCUUCAUGUUUUCUUUUCAUAUACAUUAACCUAUGAAUAUUAUUUUCUCUCGUGAUUUCGCCAACCGGUAUCUCUGUUUAACUGGUGAUUAAACAAUCGUCUCAUUUAAGUUAAUUAUCUCCUUAAUUGAUGAUUAACUACCAUCAUUAAAGAUUCUUGACACUGUUGAUUUUUGUAACUCGUAAUUACCAAAUGGUAAUCACUGUUAUUGCCGGUGAUUAAUUGGUUUAAUUACUGUUCUGUUACCCUCAAGAUCUGGUAACUCCAAAAAAAAGCUAUUCUGAUUUGGAAAUCAUUUGGUGACCGGUUCUGUUUUUCAUCCGUUUCCAUCUUUCACAAUCAACUCCAUUGGCCAACAAUUAACCCUCGACAGUCCAGAUCCUCGUCUAACCAACAACCCAAAAUAGUACCAGUGAAGUUAAUUCACUCAGUGUUGCGUGUGAGUUGAUUAUUUCAAUUUUAUCUCUGUUUCUUUUAGCCAGGCAAUAGGUUUGGCUUUUUUUCUCAAGUCGCCUUCAUCUCCAUCAAAUCCUCAUUCAGUCAUUUCAAUUCCUCCCAAAGCAACGAAGGAAUAGCUUGAUUCGAUUUACUCUUUCUCACCGUUUUUCCACCUCAUCUAGAAGUUACCAACUUUCAAUAGAAAAUUACUAAAUUCUCCUUAUUAAUUGUGUUUGAUUAGUAACAGACUCUCAAUGGAACAAUGGUAAUACAACAUUUCCACUGUCAAGACAAAUCAUCAAACAUCUUUUUCAUCCAUUGGUCUUUGUGCAAAAAAAGAUUGUGAUUUCUCUUGUAUUUGUGUUGACAUGUUUCCCUUUUCACUCUUCUAACCAGAGAUACUUUAACUACCUUUUUAUAUUCUUUCAUUUUCUUCUUGGACCAUCAUCUUAAUUGUAACUCUAUUACAAUCUAGUUCUCUUAAUUUCUCAUCCACUAAAUUCUAAGAUCCAGACAACUAAACAAUUAAAGUAUUAAACAAGAUGGAAGAUUCAAACUCAUUGGAUUGUAUGAUUAUGGACGAUGAUGAUGAUGACCUAAUCGACGAACCAAUCAGUUUAAAUGAUCUACGGUUAAUGUUUGCCAAACUACAAGAAAUGCAUUCGAAGGAUGAAAUGAAAGAAAUGGAAUUAAAGAGAAAACUUGCCGAAGUGGAAAGUUCAUCAAUCGUACACAAACUUUCUCGCCUGCGAAAUGAAGUUGAAGAAAUUAAGGAUAAAAUUGAAUCGGUGAAAAAAGAAAACAAAACUCUCUCAUCAUUUGAUUUAGAUCUUUGUACUACGAUGAGUGAGACACUUUAUGAAGCAAUGGACAAACCUCUUGAAAUUAUGUAUAAAUGUUCAAAAUGCUACUUUGAGACAGUCAAAGAUAGUGAAAAUCUUCAUGUCAAGUCCACAAUUACGAAACAUUGUCAAACGGAACUAACAUUUCCUCCAUCAUUUACCUCCUUUACAUCAUCGCCACCCUGCUCCUCAUCAUUGGUAAAGGAGAGACCAUUUAACGCUCAGGAUGCAUUCAUUGAGAUACAAUUAGAUCGUAAGAGACAAUUAGAGGAACAAUUAAAACAGUUAAAGAAACAAAUGUGGUACGAAGGACCCGAAGUGAUGCUUGUCAAACUCGACGCCUAUGAGAAGAUGCUUGUCAAAUCAAGUAUCAGGCCACGGAAAAAAGUCCAACGGAAUCAAUUUGAUUGUUUCCUCGAAAUAAGUGAUAACCUUGAGAAACGUCCCCGUUUAGAAACAUCCAGACCAACAUCACCAUCUUCAACAAAUAAUAGUAACGGUACCAAAAUGGAUGAAGUGGUCCAAUUGUUUUUCACCGCCCCACCGAAACAAACCAAUGGCCAAGGAUCUCAAAAUCAUACCUAAAAAUACCAAAUAUCUUCAUCUUACCUUUCGAUGUAUGAACCAUUUGAUUAGUGAGUUGAUCGAAUGACCAAUGUCCAUCUCUGGCGAUUUCAAAUAAACCACCAAUGGUUAUUAUUAUUACUCAAAUUUUUUUAGUUCCGAUCAAUUGGAGCCAACAAAGAUAGCCA